CAUUCGGCGGCAUCGUGGUCGUGGCGGGAGGUUCGCCGGCCGCCGCACUCGCGCUCUCAGUCGGCCGCUCCACGCCGCCACGGCUCCCGUCGCCACUCGCACUAGCGCGCGGCUCGCUCGCGAACGCGAUACCGACUGCGGAACCUAUCCGCAUAUUUACUUCCAUAAAUUCAUCGGACAAACAGCUUUCUACCCAAAAUAUCAACAUCCAGUCCAUUAAAUAAUCGUGUACAAUUGCAUCACGACUUCGCGCCGCAAAAGGUUGCCGCAUCAAAACAUUCGAUUGCAACAUUUUACACAACUUUUGGUUAUAAACUCUUGAAAAUUGCAACAAUUUUAAAGACGUAUUCCAGUAACUUAAAGUUUGCCGGAUCGUUCGUCUUAAAUUGCGAUUGCAACAGUGCGGUACCAAGGUUGCUCGUGAGAAAACUUUUGAACAGUAUUUGGGAUUAAGUGAUGUGUUUAAACUAACGUGAAACAAUGUUGUCGAUGGAGUCUUUGUGGUGUGGGUCGGAGAGUGAGUUGUCGACGCUGAGGUUGUGUAAAACCGCGGCGGAUCGACCGGAGUACCGGCUGUCGAGGCGCAAGCCCUCGAAGAGUCUGAUCCCGCAGGCGCUGCUGCACGCUCCGGACCCGCAGCCGAGGGCACACCGGCGACGAAGGUCUGGCACUUGGCCGCGGACGAGAUCCCUGAACGCGCCUUCCCCGAUACAGCAGUUUGGACCAUGCGGCAGAAUAAUGAAGAACUCUGCUAUGGUUAUGCAAAUCCAGGACCCGGCGUCGCAGCGGCUCACAUGGUACAAGCCCCCGCUGACGGUGCUCGUCAUCAAGAAGGUGCACGACGCCACCAUCCUCGCGCCCUUCGUGCAGCUCGUACACUGGCUGGUUCAUGACAAGAGCAUGGUGGUAUUCGUGGAAGCAGCAGUUCUGGACGACAGGCUGCUGGCCGAGUACGGAGACUUCACGUCGGUCAAGGAGAGGCUGAUGACCUUCAGAGCGGGCACCGAUGACCUCACCGAUAAGAUUGACUUCAUCAUCUGUCUCGGCGGUGAUGGCACGCUGCUGCAUGCUAGCUCACUCUUCCAGCAAUCAGUACCUCCUGUGAUGGCAUUCCACUUGGGAUCGCUCGGGUUCCUCACGCCUUUCGAGUUCAAUAACUUCCAGGGACAAGUUAUGAACGUUCUAGAAGGGCACGCAGCCUUAACACUAAGAUCUCGUCUCCAAUGCGUGGUACUCCGUAAAAGUCGUGAUGACGCGGACGGCAAGGAGAAGAAGAAACCCACCACCAUACUGGUGCUGAACGAGGUGGUGGUGGACCGCGGACCCUCGCCGUACCUCUCCAACAUAGACCUGUUCCUGGAUGGAAAGCAUAUUACUUCCGUGCAAGGAGACGGUCUAAUAGUAUCAACCCCGACGGGCAGCACGGCGUACGCGGUGGCGGCCGGCGCCAGUAUGAUCCACCCCUCAGUGCCCGCCAUCAUGGUGACCCCCAUCUGCCCCCACUCCCUCUCCUUCAGGCCCAUUGUGGUACCAGCGGGGGUUGAGCUUAAGAUAACGCCCACGCUAGAGGGGCGGAGCGCGGCCAGUGUGUCGUUCGACGGCCGCUCGCAGCGCACGCUCGGCCCCGGCGAUAGUCUUUACGUGACGACGUCAGUGUACCCUGUCCCGUCGAUAUGCGCGCAGGACCAGAUCUCCGACUGGUUCGACUCGCUCGCCGAGUGCCUGCACUGGAACGUUCGCAAGAAACAAAAGCAGAUCGACGAGCUGAGCGACCUCACGCACUCCUCCAGCGACCCUCUCGAAGACCUCGACAACAACCACCACGACGAGAGACCAGUCGACACAUGACCGAGUGCAGACAGUCCCCCACGAUACCGCGGUACUUGUGAACAAACGUGACACUAUAGACUUUAAUAGGAAAUUCUUGCUAUGUAAGCGAAAUGCCAAUGUUUUGUAAAGAUUAACCUCCUUAAAGGUUCAUAUUUGAGUGAUAUGUAAGAUUUUUAGGUUAUGUACCGCCUUGAUGUCAGGCGUAUAAGAUGUAAGUGCUCUGAGGACCCGUUUAAAUGAGAAUGAUGGAUAUUCGUUAGUAUGUCCCUACUACCAAGACGUGAUCUUAAUGUUCGUGUUAAAAGAAACAACGAAAAACAAUUCUAAAUGAUGAGAGAUUUGUUAAAUUUCGUACGUGAAGGUGUUUCGAUGCGCUUGAGAUGUUUAUUGCCUGUCUGCUAGCUGUAUGUGAUAAUAAUUUCGAUUUAUGUUGUUUUUGACAUUCCCUUGGACAAUAAAAAGCAACGUGUUAUGUCUUUCUCGGGUUUGAUCGGACUUCCUAAUCUUUUGUUCUGACUUCUUUUUUUCAAAUCUACGAAAUAUUUUCGAUGCUAAACAUUUUUACGAUAAACAAUCUCAAACAUUACAAAGUUAAGCGAUUAACUUAAAAGGUGCUAACCGAAAUAACACAGUGCCAAUGAUAUAAAAAGUAAGUAAAUAAAAAUAGCACAUUUUAGAUGUAAUCCCUUGUCGAUAACAAUAAGUUUUUUGACUCAAAAUGGCUAGUUUUACUACAAAAGCAACGUUACUCAAUCUUUUUACAGGUGUUUUAGAUUAGAAACUCGUUUGAUUUACUUAAAAUAUUGAAAAAAAUAUUGUACUAAUGUACAUUUACGCUAUUCUCAAAAAUUUUACGUUGUCAUUAAAAGUCGUACAUUCUAAAAAAGGUUGAGUACCCCUGCCCAAGUAUACCACUAGUGUUCAAUAGUGAGCACAAAAUGUAGAUAAAUAAUAGCUUUUUUUACUGGCUCGUAUUGUAAGAGUAUUAUAUGCGGAUUGAAUAUUAAAGUGUACAAAAUGAAUUGUGCGAUUUUAUCAUUAUUAUUUAGAAUAACAUCACAGAAUUGAGCUGCUAACAAAAUUAAUUUUGCCAGAGUUUGAUUAAAAUGCUAGGUAACCUUAACUGAACUUAUGUAUGCAAUCAGAUUUUAGAAAUUAUGUUGAUUUAUGCGGUUGGAAUGAUUUUGUGUUAAAUGAUUUCAGUUGGUAUAUUUAUACCAUAGAAUAAAUCACUCUUUGUCACAACUAUUACUCUAACAUGAUCAUAAGAUCAGUGUAAUAAAUAAAAAAUAAUGAAAUUGACAUGAAAUCUGUAAUUGGUGAGAAUUGUCUUGUAAAAUGUACACAAUUCUGUACAUUCGUCUUUAAACUGUAUAGUUACUGAUUAAUUAUUCAUUCGGUAAUGGCAAUUUAUUAUUAUGCAAAAAUCUUUUGAUAUUUUGUUAUUCCCUGGAUGUACUUUUUUAUUGGUGUUCCAUGAAUAUAAUAGAAAGAUAAUUAUUAUGAUUAUAGGAUUACUAUAAAUUAUAUGAAUGCGAAUUUAAA